AUGCAAUAUCAACUCAAUAUUAGUCGGUUCGAAUAUAGACUUCUCUACUACUUUCAUCAGGUCUUCGGAAUUGAAAUGGCAACACAAAAGCCGUCUUUAAUAGCUCUUUGGCAGAUUGAGCUUCCUAAACUUUGGCACGAAUCUGAAUUGUUAAGACAAUGCAUAAGUUGCAUCAGCAGCAUGUAUUUGGGAUGCCUCAAAAACCUUUCCGAUAUAUCAACUCAGGACUACGAACAAGAUAUAAAUAGUGGCCGUGCUAAUAGUAUACUUCUAGCGCAUUGUGAUGCGCUUGAACAGAACCAAGUUCUUUUGAACGAUGGAACAAAUUUUUUCAAGACCACUGACGACUAUUUUUCUGUAUGCUUAAGUCACACGAGGAAUAUUAUUGAAAACGUUCAGAAAGGCAAUGGACCUGCUUCCGAGUUUGAGGCUGCUGAAAUCUUUUUUUCAACUAUUUUAAUAUAUUCUAUUUUGGUUUUUCAUCCGUUAAAACUUAUACCGGUAAUUUCAUUCGAUGAGGGGGAGCCUGACCUUCUUUCAAUGUGCAAGGGAAUGAAGUAUUCCAUGGUUAAAGCAUUUCCACUUCUUUUCACGGCUCGCUAUUCAGCUAUUUCCGAGGACACUGGAGCUCUUGGCUAUAAAAGUAUUGAGAAAAAAUAUCCAUUGAUAAUAUACCUAAGAUCUUUCUUCAUCGACCUUCUGUACGAAGGAAAUUUAGUUGCAGGAUCGAGAGAAACCUAUCAACAGACUAUAUCUUUACUUGAAGGAGUGUUUUAUCUGGUCACAGUGAACCGGCAUAAACGUCUAAUGUCGCAAUGGCUCUUUAUAGUAGAUGAUGCUUUUUAUGACUAUUUGAGAGUAUACAAAGAUUACUUUGCGUUAAAGCUUCUAUAUGUCUUUUCUUGCAUGUGCCUAUUUUUGAAAAUGAAAGUAACCAAUAAACACAGCAUAUGGAUGGACUAUGUUCUUUGGUUCAGGGACUAUAACAUGAAAACGUUUGGUUAUUGGCGUGAUUAUGAAGAUUCGUGCUUUUUUCAACUACUUAUUCAAAAUUUUGAAUUUGAUAUACAGAACUUGGAAGAAUUUGAAACUUUCAUGCCCUCGAAACAUGUGGAUGAUAUCCCUGGAAUGCAUAACUUAAACAUUUCAGCAAAUAUUGAACUGCUUUCAUCGGUGGAUGAAGAUUUUGAUAUAACCAGCUUUCAGUAG